CAUUGCACAUGCUGUUUGUAGGUUAUGUAGUGAAUUUUUAAAUAAAAUUUAUUGAAUUGGCCUUUUAAUUCCUUUGAAUAUAUUAUAAUUAAAAAUGGUAAAGAAAAAAAUUGACAAUAGGAUAAGAGUGAUGAUUGAAAAUGGAGUUAAACUUGGACAUAGAACGAUGUUUCUACUUGUCGGAGACAAAAGUAGGGAUCAGGUACCCAUUCUAUAUGACAUGCUGGUAAAAUCUACAGUUAAAGCUAGGCCAACAGUGCUAUGGUGCUACAAAAAUAAGGAUGAAGCUAUCAGCAAUCAUGGCCGUAAAAGAGCUAAAAAAAUUGCAGCCGGGAAAUUGGAGGUGUCCGAGGAAUCCCUCUUUGAUUCCUUCCGAGUCGCUACAACUAUUCAUGGUCGUUAUUAUUCCGAGAGUCAUGCUAUGCUCGGACAAACGUAUGGAGUGUGUGUGCUUCAGGAUUUUGAGGCACUGACACCCAAUCUUAUGGCUCGGACAAUAGAAACCGUAGAAGGAGGUGGUUUAAUAAUAUUCUUGUUAAAAACCAUGGACUCAUUACGUCAGCUUCACUCUAUUACUAUGGAUGUCCAUUCAAGGUUCAAAACUGAAGCCUAUGAUACAGUGGUAAAUCGUUUUAAUGAACGGUUUCUGUUAUCGCUAGCAGAUAAUCCUAGAUGUUUAGUUGUUGAUGACUCCUUAACAGUUCUGCCAAUCUCUUCAAAAACAGCUCAAGUUGAACCUGUUAAUGCAAUACCAGAGAAAAUCAACCCUAAAUUAACAGAGUUAAUAUCUUCACUGUCGGACACACCACCUGCUGGACCUCUAGUUGCUUUAUGUCGGACCUACGAUCAGGCUACAGCUUUAGUAUCACUCAUAAAUACACUUGCUGAUAAACAAUCCAGACCACCUCAUUGCUUAACUGCAGCAAGAGGUAGAGGCAAAUCGGCGUGUCUCGGGCUAUCUGUCGCCGCUGCUGUGGCUCUUGGCUAUGUCAACAUAUACGUAACAUCACCGCACCCAGAGAACUUGAUCACCCUAUUCGAGUUUGUCCUAAAGGGCCUGGAUGCUUGCUUAUACCAAGAACACAUUGACUACAAUAUUGUGAGGUCUACCAAUCCAGAUUUCAAAAAGGCUAUUGUGAGAAUUAAUAUCUCAAGAAACUCAAGACAGACUGUGCAAUACAUGACAGCAGAUGACCAUGCUCUGCUAGCGGCUGCUGACUUGGUGCUAGUGGAUGAAGCGGCCGCCAUUCCCUUGACUCACGUAGCAGCUAUCGCCAAGAAGGCCCCCCUGGCUCUACUCUCGUCCACCGUCUCCGGCUACGAGGGUACCGGCAGAGCGCUCUCCCUCAAACUGUUCGCUGAACUGCAGACGGAGUAUAAUGCUCCUGCGCCGAUAAAACUCGAGGAGCCCAUCCGUUAUCGCGCCAACGAUCCAGUGGAGCGCUGGCUGAACACACUUCUGUGUUUAGAGUCCCCCGCUCCCGCUCUAGGCGUGGGCGCUCCGCCACCUGCCGCCUGUGAGCUGUUAAGGGUUAACAGAGACGCGUUAUUCUGUUACCACCGAGCGGCCGAGGCGUUCCUACACAGAUUAGUGGCGAUUUACGUGUCUAGUCAUUAUAAAAACAGUCCAAACGACCUGCAACUCCUGGCGGACGCGCCCGCACACAGUCUGUUCGUGUUGUUGGCUCCGACGCCGCCGCGCUCCACCUCGCUGCCCGAAGUGCUGUGUGUCAUACAGAUGUGCUUCGAGGGGAAUAUCUCUGACAAGUCAGUGAAGGACAGUCUGGGUCGCGGUCGCAAGGCAGCUGGCGACCUCAUACCGUGGAACAUCUGCGAGCAGUUCGGCGACAAGGACUUCCCCAAACUCGCCGGCGCCAGAGUCGUGAGGAUCGCCACACACCCCUCAUAUCAACGGAUGGGCUACGGCAAGCGCGCCCUACAGCACUUAGUGUCGUACUAUGCCGGUGAGAUACCCUGUCUGGAGCAGGCUCACAGUGAAGACGAUGAAGAGAACAGAACAAACAAGAAGACCGGGUCAUUACAUACAGAGAGCAUUGUGCCAAGAACAAAACCUCCGACUCUCCUGCGAAGACUGACAGAAGUGAGUCCCGAACAUCUGGACUACAUCGGCACAAGUUUCGGUCUAACAGAAGAAUUGCUCAAGUUUUGGAAAUCGCAGAAAUUUAUGCCAGUGUAUCUCAGUCAAAAAGCGAACGAGCUAACCGGCGAACACUCGUGUAUAAUGGUGCGGGCGCUCGGCGAGGCGGCGUGGCCGGCGCACUACGGCGCUGACUUCAGACUGCGCCUGGGCAGGUUACUAGCGAGGAGUUUACGACACCUGCCCGCUUCGCUCGCGUUAGCUACGUUGUCGGAUCAACAUGUCAACAAACCUGAUCUAACAAAACAGCAGAUCGGUCAGCUCCUGUCCGCGCACGAUCAGGCCCGCCUGGAGUCAUACUGCCGGCAGCAGGCGGACUACCGCCUGGUCACAGACCUCCUCGCGCCGCUAGCACACCUGGUCUUCCACACUAAAUCCAAACUGAAGCUGGAUGCUGUGCAACAGGUAAUAUUCGUCGCAAUGGGUUUCCAAAUGAAGGAUGUCGAUGACAUAGCAGGCGAGUUAGGUCUACCCGGCUCACAGAUACUCGCCAAGUUCUACGAAGCUUGCAAGAAGAUCAACAACAUCAUUAACACUAUACUAGAGAAUACCGUAGCCAAGGAGAUGGGAAUAGAUGAGAAGACAGCAGAUGUGACGAGCGAACCUGUGAAGCAGAGUUUACAUGAGGAGUUGAAUAAGGCUGCUAAGGAGUUGGAGCGCAAACAGCGCAAGGAGUUGUCGCGGCUGAUGGGCGAGGACCUCAGCCAGUACCGCAUCAAGGGCAGCGACCUCGAGUGGGGACAGGCGCUAUCCGACACCAAGCAGGCGCAAAUCGUCUCCGUCAAGAGUGGCGAGAAACGUCUCGGAGAAGAUAUGAAGGAGAUCGAUGAACUCAUAGACGAGCGGGCUAACAAAAAGAAGAAGAAGAAAAAACAUGUCAGAAAUUAAAAAUUCUGUAAGCAGA